CUAGCGCAAGUUACUGGUUGUAAGACACAAGGACAGAUUGCCCUGACAUAUAAUGAAGGGCCAAGUGACGUUACUGCAAAGAUCGUUAGACAGUUGAGUAAAGCAGAUGCCCGUGGCAAUUUCUUUGUCAAUGCCACAUGGCUCUACACUCAGCAAUAUGCUAUGGUUGUACAAAAUAUUUACAAUGCAGGCCAUUUUAUUGGUAUGACCUAUCGUGCUGCCAAUGAUGAUCCUGCUAGUUUGACUGAUGAUGAACUCCGUCAGGAUAUUCUUAGUAAUGCCCAUAUCAUCGAGACUUUGAUAAACGUAGCACCAAAAUAUGUUCGUCUUCAUUAUACAGAAGUUAAGGAUACUCGUACAGAAGGUAUCAUUCAAGAUCUUGGAUUUGUUAUUGUGGGCUAUAACCUGGACAGCCAAGAUUAUUUUAAAAAGGAUGCAACCGGCCCUGAUUCAAUUCAACGAGUUUAUUCCGAUACAUUUAAAAAUUACAAGGAUACAUACGAUGCCAAGGGAUCAUUUAUAUCUAUUCAGUAUGAUUUGCCGUAUACAGGGUCUUUGGUUGCCAUACCUCAUAUUAUUAAUACCAUUGAAGAAGAAGGUUACACUAUGGUUCGCUUGGAUGGCUGUUUAAACGAUGCGACUCCUUACAAGAAAUCUGCAAAUAGCACAGAGUACAUUGGGGAUAAAUUCUCUUUUGGGCAAACAAACUACCAUCAAGGCCAAAAAGCUAUUGUUUUGGAGAGUGCAGACGAAGCUGCGGCUGCUGAUGAAAAAUUCCAGAUUCAGGGUAUUGUGACAGGCGAGGAAAAUGUAUCAAACAAUCAAAAAGUCUCCCUUUCAGCUAUCUUGAUUGCAGUGUGCGCUGUAUUUGCUUCAAUCAUGUAG